CUCGCCGGGUUUCGCGAAAACAGCUGUUGGACGUGGUCUAGCUCGCUCCGCUCGCUUGCCCGGCCAGAGCGGCAGGCAUGACGUCUGCGGCGGCGAGGAGCGCCGUGGCGGCAGUCCUGGCUGUCGCCGUAUUCGCGUGCGCUCUGUCAGCGCGACUAGGAGGACAGGUGGUCGCGGAGGAGCGGUGGCCACCGACGCGUGCCACCGAUUGGGACCUGGUGGACGAUGCCCUGUCCGUGGCCGAAGGCAGCGUGACGGCGCUCGGGAACAGGAUCGAGCACCUCUACGAAGACAUAUACAUCGGGCUCGCCAUGGUCGUCGAUCAGCUUCGUCUAGAAGUGCGCCGCUUUCAACCUGCACUGGAGUCUGCAUUAAAAGCGCGCCAGUCAUGGACGCACUCAAAGGACGCGCAGCCCAGCCUGGCGAAGGCCGCCGCCGCGCUCAAUCGCACUCGAGAGCUGUUCAAGCUGGCCUUGGACAUCUACCAGAGAGGUGCCCCUUUGUUCCUGGACACCCUCACCAUGGAAUCCGCCGAAGCUUUGCUUCCGAUCAUUCGGCUCGGAAACUGGGCUUUCGAUUUCCCGGCAUCACGAGUCAGCACUGACUUCAUGGAGAUGCCACUUGCUUCCAAUGGAUUUUUGGAGGACUUCUCGGACUUCUGCAUCCUGGAGUUAUCAACACCACGAAAGCCAGAAGAAUGCAAAAUCAGCUCAAAGUGUUUCGACCUCAUGACUGACCCAUAUACUGACGGGUACUGGUUGACGCACGAAGUAUUCUACACACUCAUCGCCUACGCCAGCUCUUGUAGACAGCGACUGCAGCAGCUUCUGAGUGAACACAGACAAAUGAGUCUCAAAACGUUCCUCCACCAGACGUGCAGCAAUAUUUACAGGGAUGCCAUGUUCGAAAGCAAGCAGGGCCUGACGGAAUGGUUUCAAGACCUUUUUAUGGAACAAGUAUUCUCUCGGCUAUUCGUGUCUUGA